AUGGUCUCUAUAUUAAUUCUGUUUCUACUUACCUCGUUAGUCUCUAGCGAGGAGCAUGGGACAAUAGAAGUUUUAAUACAACGAUUAAGCAGGCUGGAAGAAACCGUGAAGGAACAGCAAUACCAGAUAUCGAAUCUGGAGCGACAGAAAUGUGACCAGACUGAGAAGAUACACAGGCGAGUUACAGGUAACAACAGUCCAGUAGCGUUUUCUGUUUAUCUGAGUCAUUUUAUGUCUAAUAUCGCCGUCAACCACAAAAUUCCUUAUGACGUCAUAACCACUAACGAAGGCUCAGCGUAUGAAAAUGCGACAAGUACAUUCACGUGCCCACGUGCCGGUCUAUAUUUAUUCAUGUGGAACGUUAUGACAGAUACUGGAGGUAGUGCCAGCGUCAGUCUGAGGAUCAACGGCGUCAUCAGUAGAUGGUCAAUUAGCGGAAGUAGUAGCUCAUAUUACGACAACGCCGGAAAUCAGGAUCUAGUUCGUCUGGAAGAAGGUGACAAGGUGUGGAUGGCAUUCUACGCAGCACCUGGAGAACUUCAUCCUCAUCAUACAACAUUUGCGGGGGUGUGGCUGGCAGAGUAA